AUGUCCUCAUUAGAAAAUAUCCUUCAUUUCCAAGCUGGACUUGGAGUCCUAGCCAAUAUGUUUCUUCUUCUUUUGUAUAUUUUCAUAAUCCUAGGUCAUAGACCUAAACCCAUGGACCUGAUCUCCUGUCAACUGACCUUUAUUCACAUUAUGAUGAUCCUCGCUGGAGGAAAUAUUUGGCUUGCAGACAUAUUUGAGUCACUAAACAUUGAGAAUGACAUCAAAUGUAAGACAACUUUUUACAUAAGUAGGGUGAUGAGAGGUCUCUCUAUCUGUAACACCUGCCUUCUGAGUGUGUUCCAGGCUAUCACAAUCAGUCCUAGUAUCUCUUUGCUGGCAAAAUUUAAACAUAAACUAAAAAAGUACAUGAUCAAUGCUUUAUUUUAUAUUUGGGUCUUCAAUUUGUCUGUCAGUAGUGAUUCAAUAUUGUCUGUUGGUAGUUUUACCAAUGUGAGUGAGACCAAGCAGAUAAAAGUGACUAAAACCUGCUCACUCUUCCCUGUUAACUACUUCAUUAGGGGAUUAAGUUUUACACUCUCAUCAUCCAGAGAUGUGUUUCUUGUAGGAGUCAUGCUGAAUACAAGUACAUACAUGAUUAUUAUCCUGCGCAGACAUCAAAGGCGAUUCAGGUAUCUUCAUAGCAUCACUCACCUGAGAGCAUCCCCUGAGAAAAAGGCCACCCAGACUAUCUUGCUGCUAGUGGUUUUCUUUGUGGUCAUGUACUGGGUGGACUUCAUCAUCUCAUCCACCUCAGUCCUGUUGUGGGUAUAUGAUCCAAUUGUCCUGACUAUUCAGAAGUUUGUGGCUAAUGUAUAUCCCACAAUUACACCUUUGGUUCAAAUCAGUUCUGAUAAGAGAAUAAUCAAUGUAUUGAAAAACUAG